AUGAAAAUCUUUAAGCGAAGACGUUUCACGAUCUCGUCGCUAGAUUCAGUCAGUAGUUUAGAUGGCAGAGAGGAAGAACGGAGGUUCAGCUUACCAAAUUCAAAUCAUGAAGUAUUAUAUUUUCCUGACCAUACCCCAAAUCAUAUUGAUAACGAGUUAACCAACCAAGAAAUCUCACCAAAUAGUUCCAUUAGUGGAUCGAUAGCACUAUCUGAUAGUGAUACUUUAUUGUACGAUAAAAAACAACAAUUAGAGUUACAAGAAACAUACAGUGAUAAUUUUACAUUAUAUUUACCCUUUUUAUUGAGACAAUUGAGAAAUGCAACAGAUGAAUUUGUUGCUGCAGAUCAUGAUAUCGAUAGUGACGACCAAAAAACUAUGAUAGACAAUAGCAAUGUAAAUACUUGUUUGAUUUUUAACAAAGAAGCGUCUAAUUUUAAUCUAAAACGAAGGUUUAUUGUCGUUCAAGAACUAUUGAAGCAUAAUACUUAUUUAUUCGCAAACGAAGAGUCAUUUAAACUAUUCAAGCAUUUGCGUCUGAAUAAGAAAAAGGAUAUACGAAAUCUGAGGAUUGUUUAUGAUGCAAAUGGGAGUAUCAGAAGGUUGCCCACAAGUAAAGGGACUAAAAAGGGGAAUGAUGCAAUUCGUGGUGACGAAUUGGUAGACACUAGAUCGCAUAUAAUACCAUUGGAGUAUAAAAUAAAAGGAUUAGGGUUACCAAUUUUUAAAAUUCAUGCGCCUUACCUAUCAUCAUUCAGAAAGAAUUCUCCGUACUUGAUCUUCAAGAAGUAUAGAGAGAUUCCUUUGAGACCUAGCUUGCACGACAGACCAGAUAACGAAAACGCAGAUAUCCUGACGAGCUAUGAAGCAUACGUUUUUUGUACAGUUUAUGUAAAGCACUUUUAUGAUGUCAGGCGAUACAUUUUAAACUUCAGUCCAGUGGGUAAAAAGAGAUUCCGCGUAAUCAUAUUUCAGAACAAUUUCAGGCCGUUUGCAGACUUUAACUACAAAAAUACGAGAUUCAGAGUUCUUGGUACUUCAUUGUCAUGUGUCUAUGUAACAAAUUAUAGUCCUGUAAUGAAGCUAAUGAUAAUCGAUAAUGAUAAGCCAUCAUUAUGUGAUAAUAUCAUAAAUAAAAAGGCUGGGUUUGAAAUUCUGUCCAUAAUGAAACAAAAAAAGAAGUAUCCAAGUGAUAACUCCACUGAAGAAUCAGACGAUCCUAAUAAUGAUAUUACUCUUAGUAAUCCGUAUCCUGAUCCUAAAAAUCCGCUAUUAGUCGAUUUAGCUUCUUCCUUAAGAAUAUCAGGCAAACAUGCAUUUCUAUCCAGAUCGAUGCCUCCAUUUGGACUUUUUAAAGACUCCAUAGCUUAUGAUGAUGACUCUGUCAAAUUUAUUCCGAAGAAGUUUUCAAAUGUAGGCAGGGUCGAAAUAUACCAAGAUAAUUCAAAUUUAAUCGAGGAUCCAAACAGCACUUUAUCAAUUGACUUAGAUAGUUUAGUGAUGAAUUGCAUUUUAUUGACAUUAAGAGAAUCAAAUAUUAGAAACUCGGUCAAGACGACCCUUCCUCAGGCUGUUACCUUUCAAGAUUAA